CGGCGGACGGGGGUAGACGAGGAUGCCGCGGCUCCGUAGGGGAGGCCGGCCAGAGCGAGGCAGGCGAGCGGGGCGGCUGCGGGCUCCGGCCUCCGCACCCCCGCGCCCCGACGCUGCUGCGGGCGCCCCCCGGCCCCGCCGCCGCCGCCGCCGCCACCCGCGGCUCCUCCCGGCAAAAGUUUGGGCGUGGGGCACAACGCGGCGCUGAGCGGGAUUACCGGCAGGGCUGCGAGGACACCCGGACCACCUUCGCAGAUUUCAGAUUGAGCUUCAUCAAGAAGUUCAUAGGCUGAUCAACGCGGACACGACCUACAACAGAAUAAGGGAGUCCCUCCAGCCCAGUCGCACCCUCAUGGACCACUAAUAAUUUGGAAUCGCCCCUUUACCUGUGCGGAAAAUUCUCACAAUCAAAUUUUAUUUUUGCACAUGGAGGACAGAAGCAAAGAGGGCAAUAAAGGCUGAUAAAACCAGAGGCCUCAAAAGAUUCUUUCUACUGCGUGGGCCUUCAGGACUUUUCCUCUUGCUGCAGUUCUGGACUUUGACAGAAUCCCAUUCUGUCCUUUUGGUUUUGGUAUCUGGUUUUUGUUUUCAUUUUGUUCCAUUGCUUUUGAUUUCCCCCCAUCACAGUGUUUUUGAUUUCUGUACUUCAGAAAUGGGCCUACAGACCACCCAGUGGCCCAGCCGUGGGGCUUUUUUCCUGAAAUCUUGGCUUCUCAUUUCCCUGGGGCUCUACUCACAAGUGUCAACAGUCUUGGCGUGCCCUAGCGUGUGCCGCUGUGACAGGAACUUUGUCUACUGUAACGAGCGAAGUUUGACCUCAGUGCCUCUUGGGAUCCCGGAGGGCGUAACCGUACUCUACCUCCACAACAACCAAAUUAAUAAUGCUGGAUUUCCUGCAGAACUGCACAAUGUACAGUCGGUGCACACCGUCUACCUUUACGGCAACCAACUGGAUGAAUUCCCCAUGAACCUUCCCAAGAAUGUCAGAGUUCUCCAUCUGCAGGAAAACAACAUUCAGACCAUUUCACGAGCAGCACUAGCCCAACUCUUGAAGCUGGAAGAGCUGCACCUGGAUGACAAUUCUAUAUCCACAGUUGGGGUGGAAGAUGGGGCCUUCCGGGAGGCAAUCAGCCUCAAGUUAUUGUUUCUUUCCAAGAAUCACCUGAGCAGCGUGCCUGUUGGACUUCCCAUGGACCUGCAAGAGCUGAGAGUGGAUGAGAAUCGGAUUGCUGUCAUCUCUGACAUGGCCUUUCAGAACCUCACGAGCUUGGAGCGUCUGAUUGUGGACGGGAACCUCCUGACCAACAAGGGCAUCGCUGAGGGCACCUUCAGCCAUCUCACCAAACUCAAGGAAUUUUCCAUCGUCCGGAAUUCACUCUCCCACCCGCCUCCUGAUCUCCCCGGUACGCAUCUGAUCAGGCUGUACCUGCAGGACAACCAGAUCAACCACAUCCCCCUGACAGCCUUCUCAAAUCUCCGGAAGCUGGAACGACUGGACAUCUCCAACAACCAGCUGAGAAUGUUGACGCAAGGUGUCUUCGAUAAUCUCUCCAAUCUGAAGCAGCUCACUGCUCGGAAUAACCCUUGGUUUUGUGACUGCAGUAUUAAGUGGGUGACAGAGUGGCUCAAAUACAUUCCUUCCUCUCUCAACGUGCGGGGUUUCAUGUGCCAAGGGCCUGACCAAGUCCGGGGGAUGGCCGUCAGAGAGUUGAAUAUGAAUCUUUUGUCAUGCCCCACCACGACCCCAGGACGGCCUGUCUUCACCCCAGCCCCGAGUACAGCUUCUCCCACCACCCAGCCUCUUCCUGCGCUCUCUGACCCACCCCCCAGCAGGGGCUCCACACCCCUCACCCCCACCCCUUCUAAGCUUCCCACGAUUCCUGAUUGGGAUGGCAGAGAAAGAGCGACCCCGCCCAUCUCCGAACGGAUCCAACUGUCCAUCCACUUUGUGAAUGACACUUCCAUGCAGGUCAGCUGGCUCUCUCUCUUCACGGUGAUGGCAUACAAACUCACGUGGGUGAAGAUGGGCCACAGCUUAGUCGGGGGCAUCGUGCAGGAGCGCAUUGUCAGCGGGGAGAAGCAACAUUUGAGCCUGGUGAAUUUAGAGCCCAAAUCCACCUAUCGGAUUUGUUUAGUGCCACUGGAUGCUUUUAACUAUCGAGCGAUGGAAGACACCGUCUGUUCCGAGGCCACCACGCACGCCUCUUAUUUGAACAAUGGCAGCAACACGGCUGAGCAUGCCCCCUCCCACAGCCUGGGCUCCCCCUUUCUGCUGGCGGGCUUGAUCGGGGGUGCGGUGAUCUUCGUGCUCGUGGUCCUGCUCAGCGUCUUUUGCUGGCACAUGCACAAAAAGGGGCGCUACACCUCCCAGAAGUGGAAAUACAACCGAGGCCGCCGGAAAGAUGAUUAUUGCGAGGCGGGCACCAAGAAGGACAAUUCCAUCCUGGAGAUGACGGAAACCAGCUUUCAGAUUGUCUCCUUAAAUAACGAUCAGCUCCUUAAAGGAGAUUUCAGACUGCAGCCCAUUUACACCCCAAACGGGGGCAUUAAUUACACAGACUGCCAUAUCCCCAACAAUAUGCGCUACUGUAAUAGCAGUGUGCCAGACUUGGAGCACUGCCAUACGUGACAGCCAGGGGCCCGGCAUUCUCGAAGUGGACCGUGAAACUCUGGAGAACACACACGUGUGCGCACAGACUGACACGCAAAUUACAUUUGAUAAAUGUUACCCAGAUGCAUUUGUGCAUUUGAAUACUCUGUAAUUUAUACGGUGUACUAUAUAAUGGGAUUUAAAAAAAAAGUGCUAUCUUUUCUAUUUCAAGUUAAUUACAAACAAUUUUGUAACUCUUUGCUUUUUAAAUCUGAAAAAACAAAAUAGUUGCUGAUGUACUGUACAGGGUUGUACAAUGAGAACCCAAGCCCAAGGCAAAAGAACGAGUGAUUCUUCCUCAUGAUGCUCAUUAACCACUUGGCUGUUGAAGCUGUCACAGUGAAUUCCUCUGCUAGAGUUGAUGUUCAGUUAAAAGGGCAGAUUCCUAAAGGACUCACAAGCGUAGCAUAAGGCAUAUGGGUGAAACAAGAAAUGGCCAAGAUAUGUUUGUGCUAUUUCUAUAUUUCCUGAUCAGGAAGAAACGUUUAAAAUUUUUUUCAAAAUAUAAGAAAGGAGGUAGUUACCCUGAUUUGACCCAGAGCAGGAAAUACAGAAGCAUCACGAGGAAGUCGGUUCCUGUGAGAUAAGUUAAUCCAACCUGAUAGAAUCAAGAAAAUGAGAUGAAAUUGAAGAGACCAUCAAAUCUAGGGGUUGGCUUUCUGACUAGGAACUUAGACAUCGUUAGAGACCUGAGUCUAAUACCAAUCAUCCAAAGGGACAGGUCUGAGGUCCCAGCAAGAGAACUCACUUUGAAAGAGUUACUAUUCAAAUGAUAUGUCAGGUUGAAUGACAUUUGACAGAAAUAUAUUCUAGAAUACUUUUUUUAGAAGAGGCUAAUAAAAUAAUGGGAAGAAUUAUAUUGAAUGGAAUUAUUUUUGAUAAUGAGAAUUAUUUGGGUAGAUUCUUUGCAGCUAUGUCAACAUGAUAUUUAAGUCAAACAGAGAUCAACGUUUAUAUUAUACUCAAACACCGUGUAAUUUAAAGAACUUAUUGGUACCAUGUAGACAAAAUCAAGUGAUCAGUGGUUCUGCUAUACUUUUAUCAACUGACUUGGUUAGUGUCAUGUUGACAUAGCUUGAAUUAAUACCUUUAUCCCCAGGCAAAUUCUUGUCUUCCAAUCACCUCUCCUCUAUUUUCAUAGUUAGCUGUUUAUGCCACAUUUGUUUGCUUCAUCCUCUGCUCAACAUUUGAAAAACAAUCAUCGAUGCCAGUUUUAGUUGCACAAUAAAUUUAUCAACAUAAAUUUAGACACUUUAAAACGGAUACUAACUUUCACUGCUAACAGUUCUAUAAGGAUACUUCAAAGCUGGCCAAAACAAUGCAUUUUUUGAAGAAGCAAUACCAAGUUUCCACCUUGGUCUGACUUUGAUCCUGUUCCAUUUUUUGAAAUUUCAUUUAUUUCUUUUCAAUCUUGUAUGUUCCUCUUCUUUGGGAAAUGUGGAACGAUAAUCAAUCUUAUAUUAACCAGAUAACAGAUGAAAAAUGAACAAGUCUGAAAAUGAAGACUUGUUCUCCUUGUAUGAGACAAGCAGGGCAUCAUCCAGAAAGUAUAGAGAAGAGAGGGUUUCCCAUUUUUAAUUUUAGAUAUUUUGAUAAAUCUUCAAAAAAGCAUAUGUAAUUUACUCCUUUCCAUCCCUUACAUGUAGAAGGGCUAUAGAUCACAUACAUUACUUUUUAAAAGUACACCCUUGGAAAAUUAUUUUUAAAAUAAAUCAUCAGCAUUUCACCCUGUGAUGCUUAUUUCCUGUUCCAUGGCCAUUAUUUUAGGAGCCCACAAAGUUAAUGUCUUUUUUUUUUUUGCUUUCUCUUUCUCUUCCUCUUAACAAAAUAAAACUGUGAUGUGUCUUCUUUGUAAGAAUUUAGGUAAAAAAUGCUAUGCAAGUUUUUCUUUAUAGUAAGAGCUUUAUUUUCUUUAAUAAUAUAUCCCCAACUUAUAUGUUUUAAUAUCCUUUGUCCCUCAGAAUAAGCAGAAAAUAUAAGUAAAGCUUAUAAUGUUGUAGAAACAAAAAUUGAAACUGUGCAGUUGAGCUAAAAUUAGCUAUAAUUUUUAAAAAUUAAUUUUAAAAUGACUUGGGUCUUCAUCUUAGUCUAUUAGCUAGUGAAUUUGGGCUUUUGCUUUUUUAAAGCUAGGUGUACACAGUGAAGGAAUGAGACAAUCUAUGAAGGGGAUCAGUGUAGUAACACUAAGUCAUCUAAAAUAUGGGACAAUGACAUGAGAUAUUGUAUAUUUCUGGAUAAUUCCCUUCUGCUGUCCUUUUCCCACUUGGCUGUAUAGAUAAAACUAUGUGUUCAAAUGAUGGUACUUUGACUUUUGAGGGUUUUAUUUUUCCUUUUUAUCCAAAAAACAAUCAUCCUCAUUUAUUUUUAUUGUGUGUAUACUCCCAACUGGGAACUUCUGCUGCUGCUGAAACUUCUUUGCAUUGGGCCAAGAAGACCAAGAUUGGAAAGGUUCCUAUCAUGUCUUGUAGGGUUCACAGAACUAUUUGGAGUUUAAGUGGUACAGUCAAGACCCUGUCAUCUAAAAAAGGUUACAAUAAUUUGGUUUCUUUGCUAGAGUUUUUCUAAAGAGAUAGAACCUAGUUACAGUAUUUAUUUUAAUCUUGUAUACAAUGUGACAUAGACUACUAAAAUAAAAAUCAGACUCCCUUUUCAAUUAGGAUGUGUGGGGUUCUCAGCUACAACAGGAUGGAAAAAUACAUCAUGGGAUGUUUUAGUGUCUUCUGUGUCGUAGGACAGCUGAUGACAUCCAUCAGCAGUGGAUUGUGCUUCAAUAGGCACUUUCAGAAAUGACAAGUGCUUUUGCUGACAUAUCAGCUCUGUACCGGGAAAUCUUGUUGCCACUAUUUGAUAUUUUGAGAAAACUAGUUAAGAAUUGACAUUGGCAGUAAAAGGCUAUGGAAAGAACAAAAUCAUGUACAAAACUCUGCUCACAAGUUUAUAAGAAGCAAAGUCUGCCUGACCCAGUGAAGUAGUUUCAGAAGUAGGAGAUAGUAACCGGCAUUGGGUAAUUGUCACAGUGCAAUGGAAAUCCUAAGAGGAAAAUGGUUAGCCAUGAUCACACUUAUAUUAUUUAUUGUUCUUCAUACCCAGAGUUGUCAUUAACACCUACUUUGGGGAGAGAUAUGUUUGAUGGUGGAAUGACCUACCUUCUCUUGAAACUUGUCAUUUGCUUUAGCAGUCAUCACUGAACAGUCACAGGCAGUAUGACAAAGAGUGUAACCCCUGACACGUUUCUUUCCUGUGUCCAGCAAAAGACAUUCUCCCCUGUGAGAAAUAAUGAGAUUUCUAAUUAUCUGGACAUUGAUGGAAAAUAUAUUAGACAUAUUUCCCAUGAUUAAAAAGAGUAUCCAAGGAUAAAAAAGAAAAAAAAAGAAUGCAAUGUGACUUAGUCUGUAUUAAUGUAUUAAUAAUGUAGCAGAUACUAAGGCUCCUUGUUUUACUCGUGCAUAUUGCCACUGUCUUAGGAAUUUGACAUGAAUCAGAAACUUCCCUCCCCAGGACAGAGGACAAACAGUGUAAAUUGUGAGCUGAGCAUCUAUUCAAACACAGGGCAGUGUUGCAAUCCAACUGACAGGGAGCCAAUAUUGUCCCUGAUCAUCAAAGCUGGACUGCAGAUUCCAUUGCACAGAGAAGUCAGUGAAGUGGUUAAUUUCCUUUUGGCUUCCUUGUUUAUAUUUUUGUCUGGUUUCUAACAAGAAGACCUUAAGUUUUCCUUUAGAACAUACAUGAAAGUAAUUGGUUUUUCUCACGACCUACCUUUCUAGCUGCAUGCUAAAAGUAAAAGCAGUGAACAGAGCUCCAAAAGAGGAAAAGACCCAGGCACAAAAUGAAACAAAA